GACUUGUGUCUGCUCCAGAUGACCCAGAGCCUCCAGAUCCCCCAGGUGUGGUGCGGGCUGUGGUGGGGGACGACGUGAUUCUGUCCUGCUCCCUCAGGGACAACAUCAGUGCAGUGGACUUGGAGGUGAUGUGGGUGGCGGACGUGGAAAAGGUCCACCUCUACAGACGGCACCAGGACAUAACUGCCCAGCAGAUGGCGCAAUACAAGCACAGGACCAGUCUGUUCAGAGAGGAGCUGCACAGAGGUAACGUGUCCCUGAAGAUCACUAACGUCAAACGUGCGGACUCCAACGAUUACCACUGCUACGUCCCUAUGAAUGGCGGCUACGAAGGCACCACAGUGCACCUUUAUGUCGAUGAUCUUGGAACUAAUCCUGAGAUGUCAGCACAGAGCCAUGUUAACGCCAGUGUCAACCUGACCUGCACGUCGGCAGGGUGGAGUCACCGCACCCGGCCGGAGAUCUUGUGGCUGAACAGCGUGGGAGAGGUCCUGCAGCACAUACACAUCUCCAAACACUAUGUGCAAGGCCAGCACACCUUCUACAUCAAGGCUGUGGCUACUGUGCUACAGACAGCUGACGAUCGAUACACCUGCAUAGUGUCAUACCUAGGCCACAAGAAGGAGAGGGAGUUUAUGGUACCUGGUGAGUAUCAGACACCCACUAUGUAGAGCUACAGCAGUUGUCCUCAAACGUUUUUGAACAAAUGUCCACUUGACCUUAUCAUAAGCUUGGUAAUGCUCCCCUUAAUGUUAAAGAAAUAAAAUAUACUAAUGUUCCCAUUUGCAACUGAGUACACCUCCCCUGUACAUGUGCAAUACGUUGGGUGUUGUCCCGAGUUUAAUAUCUGAAAAUGCACCAGAACACUGUCACCACCAUAGCCUAGGAAACUA